GACGCGGAGGAAGCUGGGAAAUGCUGUUCCGGUGUGCGCUCUCUCCUCCGUCCGCCUCGCGGAAAUCUCAAGCAGGCGGCGGAAUUGUCCUGGGGUAGUGCAGUUCUUUCGACGGCGGCGGCCCUGGUCCGCUCUCCGCGAGUCAAGUGCGCGGAGGUGCGGCCUCUGGAUCCCCGGGCUCCGGCUUCAGGGCCAGGGAGGGCCCGCCGGGACUCAGGACACUCCUACUCUUUACGACAGGAGGCUGGAAAGAGGACUGUGUUGACAAGUCAUGUUCCAGGUGACAUUUAGUGAUGUGGCCAUAGACUUCUCUCAUGAAGAGUGGGGAUGGCUGGAUUCUGCUCAGAGGGAUUUAUACAAGGAUGUGAUGGUCCAGAAUUAUGAGAACCUGGUUUCUCUAGCAGGUCUUUCCAUACCUAAGCCAUAUGUGAUCAGCUUACUGGAGGAUGGGAAAGAACCUUGGAUGGUGGAGAAAAAACUGUCAAAAGGUAUGUUUCCAGAUUGGGAAUCAAGAUGGGGAAACAAGAAAUUAUUAACGAAGGAGGAUAUUUAUGACGAAGAUUCACCCCAAACGGUAAUAAUAGAAAAAAUUAUAAAACAAAGUCAUGAAUUUUCAAAUUUUAACAAGGACUGGGAAUAUAUAGAGAAGUUGGAGGGGAAACAUGAAAAUCAGGUAGAACAUUUCAGACCGGUGACCCUCACCUUUAGAGAAAGCCCCACUGGGGAAAAUGUUGACAAAUACAAUCCAUUUAGAAGCAUCUUCUAUUUAAAGUCUAUUCUUUCUGAACCACAGAGAAUUUCUGCUGAAGGGAAAUCACAUAAACAUGAUAUAUUUAAGAAGAGCUUACCAAAAAAGUCUUUUAUAAAAAAUGAGGAGAUCAAUGGUGGAAAGAAACUUUUGAAUUCUAAAGAAAGUGUGGCAGCCUUCAGCCAGAGCAAAUCUCUUACUCUUAAUCAGACCUAUAAUAGAGAGAAAGUCUAUACAUGCAAUGAAUGUGGGAAAGCCUUUGGCAAACAAUCAAUCCUUAAUCGCCAUUGGAGAAUUCAUACAGGAGAGAAACCAUAUGAAUGUCAUGAAUGUGGGAAGACUUUUAGCCAUGGCUCAUCCCUAACUCGACAUCAGAUAAGUCACAGUGGAGAGAAACCUUACAAAUGUAUUGAAUGUGGGAAGGCCUUUAGCCAUGUGUCCUCACUUACUAAUCAUCAGAGUACUCACACUGGAGAGAAACCAUAUGAAUGUAUGAACUGUGGAAAGUCAUUUAGUCGUGUUUCACAUCUCAUUGAACAUCUGAGAAUUCACACUCAAGAAAAACUCUAUGAGUGUCGAAUAUGUGAGAAGGCCUUCAUUCAUAGGUCAUCUCUCAUUCACCAUCAGAAAAUUCAUACCGGAGAGAAACCUUAUGAAUGUAGUGAAUGUGGAAAAGCCUUUUGCUGUAGCUCACACCUCACUCGACAUCAAAGAAUUCACACUGUAGAGAAACAAUUCGAAUGCAACAAAUGUCUGAAAGUCUUUAGCAGCUUGUCAUUUCUUAUUCAGCAUCAGAGUAUUCAUAAUGAAGAAAAGCCUUUUGAAUGUCAAAAAUGCAGGAAAUCCUUCAACCAGCCAGAAUCACUGAAUAUGCAUUUAAGAAAUCACACUAGAUUGAAACCUUAUGAAUGCAGUAUAUGUGGGAAAGCCUUCAGUCAUAGGUCAUCCCUGCUUCAACAUCACAGAAUUCAUACUGGAGAGAAGCCCUAUGAAUGUAUUAAAUGUGGGAAGACCUUCAGCUGUAGUUCAAACCUUACUGUACAUCAGAGAAUUCAUACUGGAGAAAAGCCAUAUAAAUGUAACGAGUGUGGGAAAGCUUUUAGCAAAGGCUCAAAUCUUACUGCCCAUCAGAGAAUACAUAAUGGAGAGAAACCCAAUAGUGCAAUAAGUGUAGAAAAGCCUUUAGGCCAUAUGAAUCAUUAUACAUGUGAAAAAUCACACAAGAGAGAAACUGUAUGAAUAGAAUAUUUGUCAUAAUACACUUUAGCCAUAGAUCUUUCCUGAAAAUUUAUGCUGGAAAAAAGUCUUAUGAAUGUAAUAAAUAUGGGAAGGUCUUUAGCAGUGGUACAAGCCUUACUGUCCAUCACAGUUCACACUGUAGAGAGACCAUUUAUUGCCUUCAUACUGCCUAUGAAAGCAAUAAAUGUGGGAAAGCCUUUAGCCAGUAUUAAUCCCUUAAUUGACAUAAGUCCACACUGGAGAAAAACCCUAUAUAUGUAACAUGGGAAAGACAUUAAGCAAUAUGAAUUUCUUAUUGAGUACACACGAGAGAGAAGCAAUAUGAAUGUAAAAAUUGUGGCAAGUCCUUCAGUUAAGGUGUAUUCCUUAUUCUAUAUCCACUCACACUGGAGAGAGCUUAUAUGAGAAGUGUAGCAAACUGUUCACUGAGAGUUUUUAUCUUGCUAGACAUCAGAAGAUUAAUGCUAGAACAGCCUGAAGGAUGUAGGAGUUACGUGUAAAUCUUUCUUUGCAACGAUGCUGUUUGUAAGCAGUUCUACAGAAGAGCAAAUGAGUAGAUUGUAACUGAAUAUGCCUUAUAGCAGUAGCAUGCAAUUUUACUCAAGUCCUACAUAAAAGUUUCUUUAGCUAAUGGGCAUGUGAAGAUAUUUAGUCACCCAGUGGAUCCAGAAAAUGUUUUAAAGUUAAAAAUUAAAGCUGCAAAAGAAGUAAAAGGUGGUGUGAAUAAAGUUUUUGGUCUCUAAUAAAAUCAGUUUGUAUAUAAUGAACUCUUUCACUGUGACACUGAUAUUUCUUACAAAAUUUUCUACUUUCCUCUUGAAGAAUUAAGCCUUACUGUAGCCUUUAGUGGGAGACUAGCUGAGCUAGAGAAAAAUGGCCUGAUCUCUGUGCUAAGAAUAUCAUUAUUUUGGUGUCAGUUUCACACAUUUUAAUUUUUACAAGUACAGGGAGAGCAUAACCAAGAAACAACAGAGCAGGCUUAAUGGUGGAUGUGCUUUGCAAUCUGAAUCCUAAAGGAUGAGCACUAAUUACAUAGCUGUGUGCGGGCACAUACACUCUGCGAGUCCUUCUAGGCAGAGUACAGAAGCCUGUUCUGUCAUGUUGGCUGCAUCUGGACUCCGUGAUCCAGUGUCUAGUCUCAAGUUGCGUGGCACUGAGCUGUUAGGGCUGGCAGCAUUACUAGUAACAGCAGCAGUCAUUUCUCCAUGCUGGCUUGUAGUUACGAGAGCUUACAUUGAAAUUAAUAGUCCAGAGCUGUCUCCAUUACUUUUCCUCCAGCCUGCCUACCAGUUUUGAAGACAGUUACUUGUAAUAUAAGUCUUCUUGAAAUACUUAGACAGUUUUCAUUUUCUGUACCAAACCCCGACAGAUACUCAUGGUUUGUAAAGAGCCUGGCUUCAGAUAGUCUAAGUUUUAGAUAAAUUGAAUAGUCUGACUGGCCCCAUGGUUUCCUAUCUUGUGACUAGGCAGCUGAUACAUGUCAAUGAUUAGAACUGUCUGAACCCUUAGAAGUAAAGCGCACUUAUACAGCUUAUAUUUCAGGUUAUAUUCUCUAUGGCAUUUGAUGUAAGUAAAUUAUUUUUAAAAAGAAUGUUAUAUCACUGACAUAAUUCUGAUGUGGAAUGAGUGAUAGGGUUUCCAACUUUCGACAAAAUAUUCUGCUCUAGUACAUGAACUACCUUAACUGAAAACCAAGAGGUGAAGGCACAUUCCAUAGCAAUUCUCAGUAGAGAUAGUGGGUUUGGAAUGGUAUGGUGAAUUUUUAAAAAGAGAUUUAUCUUUCCUUUGAUUUAGUUUUAUUUAUGAGAUUUUGAGAUUCUAAAGAACAUUGAAGGAUCUUUGAGAGACCUAAUUAAGGAAGCACGGAAUGGUAUCAAACAAGGAUUAAGAACCGUUGUGAUUAUGGGUAGACUGGCCACUAUAUAUAUCCAGUUGUAGGAUAAUGACAUGCUUUCUGUUUCUCCCAUUCUCUGCUUCCCCUGCUCUCCCAAGCACUGGUACCAGAUGAAGUAGUACUUCAAUCCCUAGGUUUUAUUUGCUUUCACUACACAUAGUUUUAUGUUACCUUGUUAUUUUGUUAUGAGAUGAUUCAUCCAAAUAUUCAUACUUUGUCAAUUAAGAAGCAUGAGCAUACACAUGAUGACAUCUUACAAUGAUACUGAACUAGGAAAAGAAAGCCAGGGUCAAAUAUAGUGAAUGACUUAAAGCAGUGAGUAUAUUACCUUAUUGGAAGAUUGGGCUAAGAUCAUGAUGUUACAAUGUCACUGAUGGAGAAUCAUAGUCAUGUCUGUUAACCAUUUCUUGAGCAGAUAAAUAAGACACUUUAUACCUUUUAAGAGCUCAAAACUGUGUGUGUGUGCAUGUGUGUGUGUGAAGAGUCAUGUUACCUGGAUAUAAAUCCAAGUUGUAUGUAUACUGUCUUUAUAUGACUUUGGACAAAUUACUUCACCAUCUAUAAAUGGACAGUAACACCUCACAGGAUUAUUAUGAAGAUAAAUGAGUUAAUUGGUGUAAAAUGUUUACAGUGCCCGAUACCUCAAAAGCAUUCAGUGGAUAUUAGCUAUUAAUUUCAUCAUCAUUAUUAUCUUCACGUGGCUGCUUCAUCAUUCUGGUCUGUCCUAUCUAGUGAGUCUUCCUAAUCACCUGUCUCUCUUAUCUACUUAAUUGUUUCACUUUUUGGAGUUUCUUACAAGACACUCCCAUUUCCUUCCAACAAGUCCUCCUUUGGUAUUUGAGCCAUUUCCCCAAAUACUCCAAGGAGACACAAAGAGCACCAGAUUGGAGAAGGUAAGACAACCCACCUGGGCUGCAGGAAGGAGGAAGGGUGCCCUAAAGAUGUGUUUUGGAGAACAGGCAGAAUGAGGGAGGCAUCAGGUCCCUCUAUGGAGAAGAGGUCAGGCUUCACCCAGUGAGAUCAGAAGCCUAGCAACAGCCUUCAGUAUCACCUCUCAGCACGAGGUCCUCUGGGCUGAGUGCAGCUGCCCUCACUGCCAGGUUAUGACCGUGUUAUUGAAGGUCUCCGAUGCCUGGAAGGCGAGAGUAGCUUCAUUAGUUUGGGGUUAGUCAGAUGUGAUUAGAACCUAUUGUGCAGUCACUGGUACAGAUCCUGAAAGAACUGAGGCACUUAUCACCGAGCACUUCCCAGGAGUCUUAUCUCUGUGCUGGGCAUCAAAGGGGAGUCAGACACUUUAAAUACGAUUUUAAGCAGUUGUGUUAGGGGGAAAAAUUGCCGAUGAAGAAGCCGUUGAUGAAAGAAUGACGAGGCUGUGUGGCUUGAGAGGCACAGAAAGUAAGAGCUCUGGCAUGAAAGGUGAAUAGGAAGAGAAUUAUGAUAAACAAUAUUGUUAGCAGUUGCAGAGGAGCCUCGUGGCUGGCUGUGCACCUAAACUGUGUAACGUAACGUGAACUUUAAGCCAAGGGUUUUAUAUGCAGCAUUAAAACAAAUGUUUCCAGUUCAACCCAAUUCCUGGAGCUGAAUCAGCCUAUUGAGACUGGCAGUUGCCUUCUGUACAGUCAUACUUCAGAGAUAUUGCAGGUUUGGUUACAGACCACUGUAAUAAAGCAAGUUUGGCAAUGAAGUGAGUCCAGUGAAUUUUUUGGUUAUGUUUAUACUGUAGCCUAGUAAGUAUGCAAUAGCAUUAUAUUUUCAAAAAGUACAUAUGUUAAUUGAAAAACACUUUAUUGCUAAAAAAUGCUAAACAUCUGAGCUUCAGUAAGUCAUAAUCUUUUUGCUGGUGGAGGAGGGUGUCGUUUGUCGUUGAUGGCUGCUAACUGAUCAGGGUGGCAGUUGCCGAAGGUUGGGGUGGCUGUGGCAAUUUCUUUUUUUUUUUUAAGAUUUUUAUUUAUUUAUUUGAGACAGAGAGAAUGAGAGAGAGAGAGAGCACAUGAGAGGGGGGAGGGUCAGAGGGAGAAGCAGACUCCCCGCUGAGCAGGGAGCCCGAUGCAGGACUCGAUCCAGGGACUCCAGGAUCACGACCUGAGCCGAAGGCAGUCGCUCAACCAACUGAGCCACCCAGGCGCCCGGCUGUGGCAAUUUCUUAAAAUAAGACAGCAAUGAAGUUUGCUGCAUCAAUUGACUUUUCCUUUCAAGAAUGAUUUCUCUGUCGUGAAAUGCUGUUUGAUAGCUCGAACUUCAAAACUGUGGAGUCAAUCUUCCCAAACUUUGUUGCUGCUUUAUCAACUAAGUUAUGUAAUAUUCUAAAUCCUUUGCUGUCAUGUCAACAAUCUUCACCAUCUUUACCAGGAGUAGAGUCCAUUUUAAGAAACCAUUUUCUUUGCUCAUCCAUAAGAAGCAACUCCUCAUCCCUUCAGUUUUAUCAUGAGAUUGCAGCAAUUCAGUCACAUCCUCAACCUCCAGUUCUAAUUCUAGUUCACUUGCUAUUUCUGCCACAUCUGUACUAAUUUCCUCCAGUCGAGUCUUGAAUCCCUCAAAGUCAUAUACAAGGGUUGGAAUUAACUUCUUCCAAACUCCUGUUCAUGUUGAUAGUGUGACCUCUUUCCAUGAAUCAUGAAUCAUGAAUGGCAUCUAGAAGGAUGAAUUCUUUCCAUAAGAUUUUUACUUACUUUGCCCAGCUCCAUAGAGGAAUCACUAUCUAUGGCAGCGAUAGCCUUACAAAAUGUUUUUCUUAAAUAAUAAGACCUGAAAGGCAAAAUUACUCCUUGAUUCAUGGGCUGCAAAAUGGAUGUUGUGUUAGCAGGCAUGAAAACAUUAAUCUCAUAGUACACGUCUAUCAGAGCUCUUGGGUGACCAAGUGCAUUGUUAAGUAGACCAUAAUAUUUUGAAAAGAAUCUUUUUUUCCUGAACGGUCGGUCUUUUUGUUGUUGUUUUUAUGUUAUGUUAGUCACCAUACAGUACAUCAUUAGUUUUUGAUGUAGUGUUCCAUGAUUCAUUGUUUGAGCAGUAGGUCUUAACAGUGGGCCUAAAAUAUUCAGUAAGCCAUGUUGUAAACAGAUGUGCUGUCAUCCAGGCUUUGUUGUUUCAUUUAUAGAACACAGGCAGAUCAGAUUUAGCAUAAUUCUUAAGGGUCCUGGGAUUUUCAGAAUGGUAAAUGGACACUAGGUUUCCACUUAAAGUCAUCAGCUGUGUUUGCCUCUAAGAAGAGUCAGCUUGUACUUUGAAGCUUUAAGCCAGGCAUUGGCUUCUCUCUAGCUAUGAAAGUCCUAGAUGUUAUCUUUUUCCAAUGGAAGGUGUUUCAUUUACAUUGAAAAUUUAUUUAGCGUAGCCACCUUCAUUAAUUAUUUUAUCUAGAUCUGGAUAACUUGCUUCAGCUUCUACAUCAGCACUGCUUCACCUUGUACUUUUAUGUUCUAGGGAUGGCUUCUUAAACUGCAUGAAUCAACCUCUGCUAGCUUCCAGCGUCUCUCCUGCAGCUUUCUCACCUCUCUCAGCCUACCUAGAAUUGAAGAGUUAGGGCCUUGCUGUGGAUUGGGCUUUGGUUUAUGGGAAUGUUGUGGCUGGUGUUCACACAUUUGUGUGUUCACUGGAGUAGCACUUUUCAUUUUCUUCAAGAACUUUUCCUUUGCCUUCACAACUUGGCUGUUUGGUGCAAGAGGCCUAGCUGUCAGCCUCUUUUGGCUUUUGAAUGCCUUCCUCACUAAGCUUAAUCAUUUCCAGCUUUUGAGAGAUGUGUGACUCUUCCUUUCACUUGAAAACUUAGAGGCCAUUGUAGGGUUGUCACUUGGCCUCAUUUUAAUAUUGUGUCUCAGGGAAUAAGGAGGCCUGAGAGGAGAGGGAUGGGGGAACAGGAGGUUAGUGGAGCAGUCAGAACACACUAUUGAUUAAGUUAUGGUAUUAUAUGAGUGCGGUUCCUGGCACCCCAGCAAUGACAAUAGUGACAUCAAAGAUCACUGAUCACAGAUCACCAUAACAAAUACAAUAAUAAAGAAAAGGUUUUAAAUAUUGUGAGAAUCACCAAAAUGUGACAGAGACACAAAGCAAGCAAAUGCUGUUGGAAAAACGAUGUCAACAGAUUUGUUUGAUGCAAGUUUGCCACAAACCUCCAUCAGUUUGUAAAAAAAAAUGCAAAUCACAAUAAAGUGAAGUGCAAGAAAAUGAGGUAUGCCUAUAUAAACUUGGGGAAGUCCCUUCAACUCUCAAGCCUUGAUUUCUACAUCAACACAAAAUUAAUUCCUGUUUUACCAGGUGGUUGUGAGAAUUAAAGAGAAAAUAUUCAUAAAGCAAACGGUGGGGUGCCUGGCACAUGUGAGUUGCUUGGUGUGUUUUUCUUACUUUUAUUAAUCCUCCCAUUGACUAUGAGGUGAAUGUCACAAUCAUCUCCGCGGCAUUCUCAGCACCCUGAGACUCAACUCUAGUAAGUUUCCCAUAGUCACACAUCUUAAGAACACAGGCCAGAUUUGAGCACCCAGUAAAAGACCAUACAACUGCCCCAUGACAAUAUUGUGUCUCAGAAGAUUAAGGUUUCUUUUGGCAACCACACAGGUCCUCUUAUGCCUCUUUGAACAAAAAAUAUUCCCUUGGCAUGCUGUUCCUUCAGCCUAGAAUGUCUUCCUUAUCUCCCUUAUUACCAAGCUCAUCUGCCAGAGGGACUACUGUCCACCUUAAAAAGUUCACUUUAGUUGUCACCCAAGCUUCCUCAGACACCAAUGGAGGAAAUGAGGAAUCAAAAAGCUGUAAGGCAUAUAGAAAAUCAAGAGCAAAGAGUCAGAAAUUCCUCCUUUCCAGUAAUUACUUUUAAUGUAAAUGGAUUAAAUUCUCCAAUAAAAGAGAUUGGCAGAAUGGAUUAAAAAAUGAUCGAAGCAAAUGCUGUCUACAAGUGAGUCACAGUAGAUCCAAAGACACAAAUAUGUUAAAAAUCAAAGAGUGGAAGAAUUCUUCUUUGCAAAUAGUAACCAAAACAGCUAUGGUGCCUCCUAUAUUAAUAUCAGACAAAAUAGACUUUAAAUCUGAAAGAUUACAAGUGACAAGGUCAUUAUAUAUUAAUAAAGUGUUCACAAGAAAAAGAUAUAACAGUUAUCUAAUUGCACAUUUGCACAUCUAAUAACAGACCCAUCAAAAUAUAUGAGGCAAAAUUGGCAGAAUUAAAGGGAGAGAUAGACUUGUACGUUAAUAGUUGGAGACUUCAAUACUCCACUUGAAAUAAUGGAUAGUUCACCACACAGAAGAUAAAUAAAGGACUUGAACAACUCAAUAAACCAACUACACCUAACAGACAAAUAACAAUACUCCACCUCAAAACUGCAGAAUGUACAUUCUUCUCAAUUGCACACAGCACAUUUUUCAUGAUGGAUUUAUUUAUUAGCCCAUAAAACAAGUAUCAGUAGAUUUAACAGAUAGCAUACAAAGUAACUUUCUUGACCACAACAGGAGGAAGUUAGAAAUUAAUAAGGAAAAGUAGGCAAAUAUGCAGAAAUUAAACUAUGCACUCUUAAAAAAUUGUUAUGGUCUGAAUGUUUGUGUCCUCCCCAAGUUCCUAUGUUGAAGUCCUACUACCUAAUGUGAUUGUAUUAAAAGGUGGGUCUUUUGAGAGGUGCUUAGGUCGUAAUGGUGGAACCCUCAUGAAUGGGAUUAGUGCUCUUAUAAAAGAGAUCCCAUAGAACUCUCUAGCCCCUUCUGCCCUGUGAGGAUACAAAAGAAGUCUGUGACCUGAAAGAGAGCCUGACAUCGCUGGCACCCUGAUCUCAGACUUCUACCCUCAAGAACUGUGAAAAAUAAAUUUAAGCUGCUUAUAAACUACCCAAUCUCUGGUAUUUGGUUAUAGCAGCCUGAAUGGACUAAGAAAACAACCAAAGGGUCAAAGAAUAAGUCACAAAUCAGAAAAUAUCAAUCAGAAAAGACUAAUGAAAAUCAAAACACAGCAUACCAAAAUUAAUGAUAUAUAGAAAAAACAGUGCUAGGAGGGAAACUUGUAACAUAAAUUGCCUAUAUGAGAAAAUAUCUGGAAUCAAUAACCUAACUUCACACCCUCAGGAACUACAAAAAGGACAAAUUAAACAAAAAGGUAUGGAAGAAGGAAAUAAUAAAAAAACAAAGUUGAGAUAAACCAAAUAGAAAACAGAAAAACACAGAGAAAAAUCAAUGAAACCAAAAGUUGACUCUUUGAAAAGAUCAACAGAAUUGGCAGACCUUUACCUAGACUUUUAAGAGCACAAAUAACCAAAACCAGAAUUGAAAAUGGAGAUAUUACAACCAUUCUUACAGAAGUAAAAGGGAUUAUAAGACAAUAUUAAGAACAACUGUAGGGGCACCUGGGUGGCUCAGUUGGUUAAGUGUCCGACUGAUUUUGACUCAGGUCAUGAUCUCAGGGGUCAUGAGAUCAAGCCCCUUGUCAGGCUCCUUGGGCGUGGAGCCUCCUUAAGAUUCUCUCUCUUUCUCUCUCUGCCCCUCCCCCAUCAUUCAUGUGUGCUCUCACUCUCUCUCUCUCUCAAAAAAACACAAAAAACCAAAACAACAAAACAACUGUACACCAACAAAUUAUUUUUCUCUUUCUCCAAUUUUUUAUUUAAAUUCCAGUUAACAUACAGUGUAAUAUUAGUGCACCAACAAAUUAGAUAACCAAGCAGAAAUGGACAAAAUCCUUGAAACACAGAAAUUAUCUAAACUGACUCAAAGAAAUAGAAUAUUUCAACAGAUCUACAAAAAGUAAAGAGAUUAAAUCAGUAAUCAAAAACAUCCCAACAAAGAAAAGUCCUGGACUAGAUCACUAUACAAGUGAAUUCCACUAAACAUUUAAUGAAGAAUUAACACCAAUGCUUCUUCUCAAGCUUCCAAAAAAUUAAGAGGAGGAAACAAUCCCUAACUUAUAAAGCCAACAUUAUUCUGAUAUGAAAGCCAGAUUAAAAAAAAUCACAUGAAAAGAAAAUUAUAGGUCAAUGUUCUUUGUGAAUAUAGAUGCAAAAAUCGGGGCGCCUGGGUGGCUCAGUCAUUAAGCGUCUGCCUUCGGCUCAGGUCAUGAUCUCAGGGUCCUGGGAUCGAGCCCCGCAUCGGGCUCCCUGCUCGGCGGGAAGCCUGCUUCUCCCUCUCCCACUCCCCCUGCUUGUGUUCCCUCUCUUGCUGUGCCUCUCUCUGUCAAAUAAAUAAAUAAAA